CAGGAAGUGUAAAUGUGUCUCAGUGCUUCUUGAGCAAACUCACAGCAGAGCACAUCCGCCCUGUGCGUCUCGUAGAAGAGUUCGGUGGGCUUUACUGAAGGACACGGCUAAGUCUCUUGCAUGGAGCUUGUUGGUUGACAAUUUUGUUCUGCGUGGGAGGAAACAGUGUUUCUAAACGUCGAUCUCAAAAUGGACGCCCUGUUCAUCACUGAGGACAAAGACUGAACACAAGCCCUUCCUGAACUCCUCAUCAUGACCAUCUAAAUGAGAUGACAAUGGAGAAUAUACUAGACUAUCAGGAAUCUGAGCCUUACCUGGAGGCCCAGCAGUACAUCGAGAGAAUGAAGCAGGAGGAUGAGGGCAUCUCUAUGAAGAGCGUGGUUCUGGAUGUGUCCGAUCACAGGCCUGUGGGUCUGGAUGUGUCCGAUCACAGGCCUGUGGGUCUGGAUGUGUCCGAUCACAGGCUCGUGGGUCUGGAUGUGUCCGAUCACAGGCUCGUGGGUCUGGAUGAGUCCGAUCAAAGGCUCGUGGAUCUAGAUGUGUCCGAUCACAGGCCUGUGGGUCUGGAUGAGUCCGAUCAAAGGCUCGUGGGUCUGGAUGUGUCCGAUCACAGGCUCGUGGGUCUGGAUGUGUCCGAUCACAGGCUCGUGGGUCUGGAUGUGUCCGAUCACAGCCUUGUGGGUCUGGAUGUGUCCGAUCUCUCUCCGACCGUGUACCCGGUCGCUCCUCUCUCUCAUGCCACGGUGCAGUGGGACGCUCCUGAAACUCCCGAGACUCCCACAGAACCCCCGCCUCCUGGACCCCACCCUGAACUGGACUACGCUGACGGACCGGCGUAUGACUGGACCUUGAACCUGCCAUCCACAGACCUCAAUUACAUCCCAAAUCAGGACGGCGUGUUUGAUUGGCCGGCUGAGGCCGAGUCAGAAGAGGACGACAGACUAUCUUCUUCCCAGGCAUGUGAUCCACAGAACUCAGAUUCACAAACACAGAUGGCAGCUUCACAUGAAGAGUCCUCCACAUCUUCUGCACAUAUCACAGAUUCCAGAGCAGAUGUGACUGAAGAGCAUUUUGAUCUUUCUGAUGGUGCUCAGAUCCUUAUGGACACAAAAGACUCAGAGAUUGGACCAGCUCAAGCGAGCUCACAGUCGCAAGAACAGGAGGAACCCGGAAUGUUAGUCCUUCCCAGAAUCCUGUUCACCCAUGAGUGGACUGAGACCGAAGCCAAUGGAGAAUCAGUAGAUGCAAGAGCCGGUAUUCAGGAUCCGAUUGAAGAACCUGAGGUUGUGGAGAAGGAAGAGUCCAGUCCUCCAGCGGUCCAGUCGGAUCAGUCACAGAACACCAUCACUGAUCCACCUGAGCCGAUGUCGGACCUCACCAACGGCUCGGUGGACCUCGAGGAAUCAACACUGACACAAGAGCCAGACAAGAUGAGCACAUCCGUUACAGCGACAGAGAUGAGCCAGAGUAAUGACAUUCAUGGCUUAGACCGAGCCAAAAAUAGAGAACAGCUGGUAAAUUCAGAGCAAAAGGUUGAGCCAGAAAACGGACUUCCAGCAGGAGCACAAGAGUCUGAGCCGAGAGAGCCAGUGGAGCGGGUCCGGUGUCCAGAUGAGCAGAAACCCUGCCAGCAGACGCCAGGAUCAGAGUCCAGUGACCAGACACAUGCGGCGGAAGAGGAGAUGACAUCAGAGCAGCGUAUGACAUCAGAGGAGGAUCCGGAUACUAACCCCGUGGGUCGCUGCAUGAACGUCAGUGCCGAGGUGGGGAGCCGGGCCGAGGCUCGACGCUUGGCUGAGCGGCUCUACAGACUGGACGGGUUUCAGUGCACAGAUGUGGUCAGGCAUCUGGACAAAGACAACGAGUUCAGUCGUGCUGUUGGGGAAGAGUACCUCAAGUUCUUCGACUUUACCAACCAGACUCUGGAGCAAGCCCUGCGGUCGUUUCUGAAGGUGGUUGUUCUGACGGGUGAGACUCAGGAGCGCGAGAGAGUCCUGCAGCGCUUCUCCUCCCGUUUCCAGCACUGUAAUCCUGAGGGAUUCUCCUCAGGGGGAUCCGUGCUCACGCUCACCUGUGCCGUAAUGCUGCUCAACUCAGACCUGCACGGACAGAAUGUCGGGAAGUCCAUGUCCAUGGCUGAAUUUGUGUCAAAUCUGGACGGCAUGAAUGGAGGCGAGAAUUUCAGCAAGGACUGUCUGAAGAGUCUCUACAGCUCCAUCAAGAGCGAUCCGCUUCAGUGGGCCGUAGAGGACGAGGUUCUGGCUAAAUCCCUGAUGCCCGAGCAGGACCUGGAGCAGGACGGGCACCUGCGAUCCAAGAGCAACCCCUUCCAGGAUCUCCCACACGAUAGGAAGGCCACGGUGUUCCAGAAAGGCUUUUUAAAGCGUAAAGCACAUGCAGACAUCGAUGGCAAACGCACUCCGUGGGGGAAGCGAAGCUGGAAGACGUUCUACGCCUUGCUGAAGGGAAUGGUGCUUUACCUGCAGAAGGAUGAUUACGGGAAGGACUGCCAGAGCUCGGAGGAGGUGGUCAGUGUUCAUCACGCUCUGGCCGAGCGAGCCCUGAACUACACCAAACGCCCGCACGUGUUUCGCCUGCAGACGGCCGACUGGAGAGUCUUCCUCUUCGAGGCUGCGUCUACGGAGCAGAUGAACUCGUGGAUCGGCCGGAUAAACCUGGUGUCGGCGCUUCACUCCUCUCCACCGUUCCCUGCAGCAGUCGGGUCCCAGAAAAGGUUCUGCCGGCCCAUCUUACCCGCGACACAGUCCAACCUCACGCUGCAGGAGAAGCAACUCCAGUCGCAUGGGUCAAUGUUGCAGAGUUUCCAGCAGGAUCUGUGUGUUCUCCAGGAGGAGUUCGGGAUCGAGAGCCGGAAGAGCAGAGCCAGAGAACAGGAGGAGCUCCGGCAGAGAGAGGAGUACCUGCAGUACGAGAAGUCUCGUUACGAGGUGUACAUAAGGGUGCUGGAGGCCUGGCAGACGCUGUCGGACGCACCGGUGGCAGACCGGCUGAUGGAGCUGGAUGAGGGAUUGUGGACAGGAGUGAUGGACGAGGAGGACAAGGAAGACCCUGGGAUGAAGAGAUCGCACUCCAGCCCGUCUCUGGAGUUAGAGACGCCUCCUCCGCCCGUCGUGAAGGUCCGACGCAACAUCUCAGAGAGACGCACAUAUCGAAAGAUCAUCAUUCCUCGGAGGAACAAGGAGAUUUGACCACUUUUGGAAACUGUUACCCACAAACUGUCAAGACAUUAUACAUGCACUUGAACCCUUUAAACAUCCUUUAAUAUAUGUUUAAUUUCUAUCUCUUCCAAGGUAAAAAUAGCAACAGCUGCAGUCUUUUUAAAUAUACAGUAUUUUUGCACAAAGCUCUUAUUAUUUGACCCUCUUCACACUGUCCACAAGAGGGAGAUGUUGCUCAAGAUGUUUCAAUGAAGGACAAUAACUAUCACACUUCAGGAAGAGUUUAACGUGUGGUCAGCAGAGCCACAGUAAUCAGUGAAGUAGAGCUACAGUGUGUUCAGUGCUGUCACUCACAAACAUUUGUCUCUGUUUAAAUCAUGGUGAUAAAGAGGUCUCUGAUCGUGCCACUGCUGAAUGGCUCUUGUG